CUUACCCUUUUGUCACUACACACAUUACCUUUGUUAUUAUUUCAAUUCACCGCCGUUUUCUCAUUGUCUCCAUUUACAUACUCUCUCACACACGCUCUCGUGACUCAACUCAACACACUUUUCUCUCCUCAUAUAUCAUCUUUCCCUCCUCUUCCAAUUGCCCCCAUCUCAUUCCACUUUCUCACUUCAUAUAUCAAAGAAAUCAGAAGUAAUGCCUAGUACAAUGGAGAUAACUAAUGUUACCGAGUUCGAGGCAAUUGCAAAGGAGAAACUGCCCAAGAUGAUUUAUGAAUACUAUGCAUCAGGGGCAGAGGAUCAAUGGUCCUUGAAAGAGAACCGAAAUGCUUUCUCAAGGAUUUUGUUCCGACCACGUAUUCUGAUUGAUGUAAGCGAGAUCGACUUGACAACAACAGUAUUGGGUUUCAAAAUAUCAAUGCCUAUCAUGGUUGCCCCUACUGCCAUGCAAAAGAUGGCUCACCCUGAAGGAGAAUAUGCUACCGCUAGAGCUUCAGCAGCAGCUGGCACAAUCAUGACUCUAUCCUCAUGGGCUACUUCCAGUGUUGAGGAGGUUGCUUCAACAGGACCCGGCAUACGUUUUUUCCAACUCUAUGUGUAUAAAGACAGAAAUAUUGUUAUACAGCUUGUGAGAAGAGCUGAAAGGGCUGGUUUCAAGGCCAUUGCCCUGACUGUGGACACUCCCCUUCUUGGUCGAAGGGAGGCUGAUAUCAAGAACAGAUUUACUUUACCAUCACACCUAACACUCAAGAAUUUUGAAGGAUUAAACCUUGGAAAGCUAGAUAAGACUAGCGACUCCGGUCUAGCUGCAUAUGUUGCGGGCCAGGUUGAUCGGUCUCUCAACUGGAAGGAUGUGAAGUGGCUGCAAACAAUCACCUCAUUGCCAAUUCUUGUGAAGGGUGUACUCACUGCCGAAGAUACAAGGAUAGCUAUACAAAGUGGAGCUGCUGGGAUCAUUGUUUCCAAUCACGGAGCACGCCAACUUGACUAUGUCCCUGCAACUAUUAUGGCUUUGGAAGAGGUUGUGAAAGCUGCACAAGGAAAAGUUCCUGUUUUUCUGGAUGGUGGAGUCCGCCGAGGGACAGAUGUUUUUAAAGCACUAGCUCUUGGAGCAUCCGGUGUAUUCAUUGGAAGGCCUGUGGUGUUCUCUUUGGCUGCUGAUGGUGAGGCUGGCAUAAGAAAAGCACUUCAGAUGCUUCGAGAUGAGUUUGAACUAACCAUGGCGCUGAGUGGUUGCCGUUCGCUCAAGGAGAUAACACGCGACCAUGUCAUGACAGAGUGGGAUCGCCCAAGAGUUGCUCCCAGGCUAUGAGUUGACACAGGAUUCCAGCUCUGUUUCACCACUGGGUGGUGCUAGUUAAACCUGAUAAUAGUAGGAACUUUGGAAUGAACUUUUUUCUUUAUUCCCUGCUUCAAUAAACAAACCCUUGUGUUAAAAAUAAGCCAUCCAUGAGUGACUGCUACUUUAUGAUCCACUGUAUGUAUUGAAUAAAUUUCUAAUAAUAACCAGGCUUGUUUCCUUGCA